AUGGGAGUACCUGAUUUUAGAGAUUUCAAACAACUUUAUGAAGGAGUAAACACACCUUUUCUUUCUAGAAAAAAGUCCGUAGAGGGGGUCGAUUUUUCUAUUUCUAAUGCAAUCCACCUACAAACAAGACGGGAGAAUCCCGGUUUCCUCUUUUACAAAACAAAAUUUGACGAUGAAUUCCUUGCUGUUGAUUUAAAUAGACGCUCAAAUUCUAUGCCCAAUAUUAUACCUCAAAUUAGAGCUGGGGCCAAACCAAUAGCCACCAAAAAGUAUCAACAUCUGCAAAAACUUCUGCAAUGGGUGCCUAGCAGAUUUCAUGAUUUUUACAAAAAUAUUUUACAUGGAAAUGCAGAACUUGAAUAA